AUGUGGGAAUUUGACGCCUUCAUAGAAGAAGGAGACGAAUAUUUCGCAUUGUAUGUAGAACGGUUUGGGCACUAUUGCAAAGUAGCCGGCGUACAAGACGAAGAACUUAAAAAGUCAGCCUUCAUCUCUGCCAUAGGAAAGAAAGCGUACAAGACGCUCAAGGACCUUCUUCUACCUGCAAAACCUGAAGAGAAGACGUUCGAGGACUUGGUGAAAGUGCUGAGUGGCCACUACGAGCCUUCAAGUCAAGUCAUUGCGGAGCGUUUCAAAUUCAACAGGAGGUACCAAGGAAAAGGGGAGUCCGUCGCGGCAUUUGCAGUCACGCUGAAGCACAUGACAGCCAAGUGCAACUACGGUACGUUUCUCGACGACGCUUUACGGGACCGGUUCGUCGCUGGGUUACGGAAUUCCACCAUUCAGACGGGUUUACUGAAGAGGAAGGAACUGACGUUCGAAUCGGCCUGCGUUUUUGCUAAGAGCGUUGAGCUAGCGGAGCGAGAGUCGAGGGGAUUCCGACCAACUGCGAAUACGGAUGCCGACAUUCACGCUCUAAAGAAGACGGGGAAGGAACCGGAGUUUGCCAGCAAGCCGAAGAACAGUUCAAUAUGCAAGCAACCGGCGCCUGGCACCGUCCACAACGUGAGUGACGAAGCGAGCAGAGGCACAGAGCUGCUGCUGCACGGUGUGUAUCUGGUGCGCACGGAACAACCAUAUGAAGCUGAAGUACAGAUAGCCGGCCAGCUUGUGAAGAUGCAAGUAGAUACGGGCGCAGCCGUAUCACUCGUUCCGGAAUGCAUUUACCGGCAGCUAAAGCAGCCACCGCAGCUUGCGAAGUGCGAGAUGAAGCUCAAGACUUGCGGCGGAGCGACGCUACAAGUGAAAGGCCAAGCGGAGGUUUCGGUCGAUUAUAAGGGACAGCGGAAAGUCCUGCCAAUCAUCUUGGUACCAGGAGAGAAGCCAGCACUCCUAGGCCGCGACUGGAUUGCGAACGUCGAAAUGGACCUAAACAGCAUUCACGAGGUGCACGCACAACCGUCUGUCGACAGCAUCCUGUCAAGAGGGCGUACUGGUGCCCGUAACCCGCAGCGACUGACCACGCCACUGGUAGCUGUUCACAAGCCAGACGGCACAGUACGAUUGUGUGGAGACUAUAAAUUGACGGUGAAUCCAUGUGUGAAGACCGAUCAUUACCCACUGCCCACGGUGGAGGAUUUGUUCACGACACUGGCUGGGGGCAAGGUUUUCACCGUUCUGGACCUUUCAACGGCAUAUCAGCAAAUCGAGGUGCACCCUGACUCGCGACCUUUGCUGACUAUAAACUCUCACAUGGGGUUGUUCCAGUAUGUUCGAAUGCCGCACGGAAUCUCAAGUGCACCUGCAGUUUUCCAGGCAAUCAUGAACGAGCUGUUGAAAGGACUACCGGGAGUGGUAUGCUACCUCGACGACGUCCUCAUCACGGGAGCAUCGCAUACCGAAUGCCUGGCCCGGGUGGAAGCAGUCCUGCAGGUUUUCGAGACCACGGCGUAA